GUUUAGUCUUACUCUGCUGACUCACAGACAUGGCUGUUAAUCUCAGAGUUCUUCUGAUCCUCUGCGGACUCACAGGGAUUAACAGCAUAACUACAGUCAGUAAAGUGUCAGUGAAGGCUGGAGCCUCAGUCAUUAUCCCAUGUCUGUAUGACAAACAAUACACAAACCAUGUGAAAGGUUUGUGUAAAGGAUUUUAUUGGGACUUCUGCUCUUAUGUAGUUAAAACAAACCAACGAAAUUCUGGAAAGUUUUCAGUCUCUGAGGACAAAAGCCAAAGAAUCUUCAAUGUGACUAUAAAAGGUCUGACGGCUGACGACACUAAUUACUGGUGUGCUGUGGAGAAAGAUGGAGGGCCCGAUGCCAGAGCGUAUUUUCAUCUGUCAGUCACCAGAGGCACACCCAGUCUAUAUGUAGCUCAACAGGUGAUCACAGGGUUUAUUGGAGAUGAUAUAACCAUCAAUUGCCACUAUCAAAACUCUGCCGUAAUCAAGUGGUGCAGGCUGGGCGGCUCCUGUGUGACAAUGACAUCUGGAUCAUUCUAUGGAGCAAGAGUGACCAUCAUUAGGAUGAUCCCUAAUGCUUUCACUGUGACUAUGAGCAGACUGAGCACAAAGAGCAGCGGCUGGUAUUUGUGUGUCAAAGGAGACUUACAGAUGCCAGUACAUUUAACCGUUACUGUGAAACCUACCACCACCACUCUUGCAACAACACAGAGGUUCUCCACUUUGUCAUCUACUCCCAAUCUCAUUCCUGAUAUUGGAGACCGAUCGUUUAUCAGCCUCCUCAUCCCUCUGUGUUUGUUGAUCCUCAUUGUACUGGUGGCCUUGUUCAUCUGGUUUUUGUUGAAAAGACACAAACAGACCCAAGCAGAAUCAUCAGCCACAAGAAUGGCUGACGAAGUAACGUACACCACUGUUCAACACAAGAGCAAAACUUCAAGCCAGGCCGAAGAGGAAGUUGCAUACGCUAAUAUUGGCUUCAAGAGAAAACCAUUGGGCCAGAGCUACGCUGAGAAUGAUGUGGACGUCAUGUACAGCUCUGUGGUCACCCUGAAGCAAAAACCUGGAAAAAGGGUUGAAGCAGAAGAUAAGGAUUGUGCUGGUUCGUGUUACUUUGUCUUGACUCACAACGACAUGGCUGUUCAUCUCCUCUUUCUUCUCCUCCUCACCAGAUUAACAGGAGUUCACAGUGUAACAACAGUCAGUAAAGUGUCAGUGAAGGCUGGAGCUUCAAUCUCUAUCCCAUGUCUCUAUGACUCACAAUUCAUAAACAAUGUAAAAUAUUUGUGUGGAGGAUAUUAUUGGGACUUCUGCUCUCAUGUAGUUCAAACAAACCAACGAAAUUCAGGAAAGUUUUCAAUCUCUGAUGACAAAAGCCAAAAUAUCUUCACUGUGACAAUAAAAGACCUGGUGGAUAAGGACAAAAAUUACUGGUGUAUUGUGGAGGUUAAUGGAGGGUCAGAUGUUGGAGAGUAUUUUCAGCUGUCAGUCACUAAAGGCACACCCAGUCUCUAUGUGGAUAAUCAGACGAUUACAGGAUUUAAAGGAGGCAAAAUAACCAUCAGUUGUCACUAUAGAAACUCUGGAGAAACCAAGUGGUGCAGGCUGGGCGGCUCCUGUGUGACAAGUCCAUCUGGAUCAAUAGAUGAAACAACAGUGACCAUCAAUGCAAGUGUCCACGAUGUUUUCACUGUGACUAUGAGUGGACUGAGCGCACAGAGCAGCGGCUGGUAUUUGUGUGUCAGUGGAGACCUGCAGAUGCCAGUACUUGUAACUGUUGAUAAGCAACCAACCACCAACGUACCACCCACCACAGUUCAGCAUAGAGAAAGUCCUCCUGAUCACUUAAAAAUUUUCAGUGUCCGUCUGGCUGUGUUGAUCUUCGUUGUAAUGGUGACCUCGUUCACCUUGUUUAUGUUCAAAAGACACAAGCCGACCAACAAAGAAUCAUCAGCCACAACAACUGUAAAAUAUGAGGCUGAAGAGGAAGCAACAUACAGUAACACUGAGCACAUGGCAAAAACAUCAAGGGAGAGGUCUCAUGUGGAGAGUGAAGUGGAACAAUAAAGUUCUGUCGUUAAAGCCUCAAACAAAGGGUUGAUGAAAGAUGUCUCAACAGCAAGUUGUUUUUCUUUGUGCCAUGCAUUUGUAUCCAGCUGCAAGACAUUACAAGGAUUGUUUGACAAGGGCAUAGAUGGACAAAUCUUUAAGCUUAUCUGCAGUACAUUUGUAUUGGGUUUACUGCUCUACAUAAUAGGCAUAAAUUCACAAUAAUAUAUCCUGAUUUCUAUUUUCAGAAUGUUUAUAAAGCCAUGCUGUAGCCUAUUGUAUUUUAUCUCUGUUUUUUAAUGUAUAUACUCUUAAUUCCUUUGAAAGUCACUGAACAUUUAUAUUGCAUGUUAACAGAAUAUGAAGUGGUCUUAAAUG